AUGUCAAAAGGCGAUUUCUUUAUCCUCGCUCGCGGACUAUGCGAGUCCGCGUCACCCCCGCGCGCCCGUCUUUCCAGAGAUACUACUGCCCCUUGCCACCUCGCGCACAGUGCUGACAGCUACGCCCCGGCAGAUCUGAUAGAGGCCGCCUCUCGAGGUGUCAAGCGGGAACGUUCCCCCGACGGAUUCGGGGUCGCAGGGGCACCAGGCCCUGCUGGCGAUGACGGUGGCGACAAGCCUAGGAAAAAAGGACGACAGAUGAAGAACAGAGCCUCCGGGGGCGCGCCCGAAAGCGUCCCGGCGCCCAUGCCGCCCGCACCGCCGACUCCCCAAACGCUCCCUCCGCAAACACCCCAGAGUCAAAAUGCGACGUUACCAUCGCAGACUCCAACGUACGCGCCUCCUCAGACGUCGCCACCUAAGUCGACGCCGACAAAGUCCACCCUCAAGGCACUCCCGACGGUGCGUGACCACACGACAGACCAGCUCGGCCCCGGCGGAGACGAAUAUAUACCGCGCGAGAUCGACGAGGCUGGCGAGAAAAAGGUUCUACCCAACGGUCAACUUACUGGCGGGCGCGAGUACCGCUGCAGGACCUUCCAUGUCCCGAACAGGGGGGAUAAACUGUUCAUGCUGGCGACCGAGUGCGCGCGGGUCCUCGGGUACCGGGACUCGUACUUGCUCUUCAACAAGAACAGGUCACUCUACAAAAUCAUCGCCAGCCAGAUCGAGAAGGACGACUUAGUGACCCAGGAGAUCCUUCCCUUCUCGUAUCGUUCGCGGCAAAUUGCCAUUGUAACCGCCCGGAGCAUGUUCCGACAGUUUGGGAGCCGGGUCAUUGUCAACGGAAGGAGGGUCCGCGACGACUACUGGGAGACGAAAGCACGCAAGCAGGGGUUCACGGAGGCCGACCUGGCUGGCGAGAAGCGGCCGGGUGCUUCAAAGGCCCGCGAGGCCGAGGCGAACCACAGCAACGCCAUGCUUGGAGCCCCCCACGGUGAAAUCGUUUACAGCACAAAUCCCGGUCAAUUUGGAGGUGCGCCCCAGCCGCAGCUUAUGCAACCACCAGAGUACAACGAUACGCGGAGCCGAGACUAUUCGAGCAUUCUGAAGGCGGGCCCAAGGCAGGAGAUUACGGGACCACCAUAUCAGGACCGGAUCCAACCCACUCCGAUAGCAGAACUGCAUGCCCAAGCACACCACGCUGCCGAGUUCAACCGAUCUGUUAACCAGCAGCGAGAUAUGCGGAACGAAUACAUGCAGAGCAUCUGGCGGAGGCCGCACGAACAACCUGCCACGACGACACUGAGCCAGCCCGUAAGCUCUGCCGAUGCUACCGUGCCGAUAACCCGCCCUGCCGCGGCGUCGCACGUCAGCACCAGCACUACAGGUCUGCAGCAGCCCGGAGUUGUUCCGCACCAGAGCCCCAUGAUGAUCUCGGCCGCACCGUACUCCCAGCCCAUACAAGCGCAGCACCCGCUGGGUCAGAACACAUUAAGGGGUAUGGCGCACGAGGCAGCUCAGAGCACUUCGAGGCCGGCUUACCCGUCUUCAGGCUCAACCGGAACUCUGCCGCAGACGACGCAAAACUACAGCUACUCGCACCAGGGCCAGAUGUGGCCGCCGACCCCGCAAACUCCGCAGCACAACUACUCUGCGUACACGACCCAGUCACAACCGUCUCCCCACCCGCAGCAGUCCCCUGCCCCAUUGCGACACUCAAGCGCCUCGGGCCCGGUGCAGCAAGGCGGCAUGUCAUACUCGGGCAUACCGGGGAUGGGACAGAGUUACGGCGCGGCACCGACCCAGGGGAUGUACUCGGCCGACCAGACGCCACGACAGUACAUGCAGCAGAGCCCGCAGGCGCCGGCCGUCACGCAGGGCUGGUCGCAACCGCAGGCACCAGCUCAGUGGUGGGCUAACCAACCUUAG